AUGAAAUCACUAACGUUGGUGAUAGUGGCUGGACUUUGCUUAUCGGUGGGCCUAGUGCAGGGUGACAAAGAUGAUCACACAGCGAUUGCAGCACGAUCAGAUCACUACUACGACGAAAUGUGGUUCCGAUUUUGGACUUUUCCGGUAACGAUGGCCAUCAAGGCGAAGGUGAUCGCCUGGCUACUGUUCAUCACCUACUUUAGCACUAUCGUCCAGGCCUACGUUUAUCAGCGCAGUGAACCACAGUUUCCAGAGAUUUACUCUGUUCCGGCCCAGUAUAGCAUAGGGUAA